AUGAGGAAUUGUAUUCAUGCAUUUCUCACGUGCUACCCAUCAUAUCUCUUUCGUGCCGAAAGAUUGGUCAUUACGAGUGGCGAAAAUCUUCCUUUUUAUGGCGUCUAUCAUCCUCCAUCAACUUGCACUUUUCCCAAGGCUGAUGAAAGUCCCCACUGGGUCACUGUAGCUGACAAUAUUCCGCAUUAUGCCAUUUACCAAGCAAAAUACUGCUCGGAUGAUAUUCCCAUUGCUGAGAUUUUGAGCUCUGUGAUCAAAGGCUUAGUAAUGUUUAAGGAAAAUUCGAAUCUGAAAGGCAACCGCUAUAGCCUUGCAGAAGGCAGAUGUCUGAAGCAUAUCAAGUACCUAUCAAGUAAACGAGACAAGAACUCUGCAAUAAAUCUCUCCGAAACACUGGGAUUUUGGAAAUGCUCUCUAUCCUCAAUAUCAGAAUUAGCUUUUCGAGAUGAGAUUUCAGUGGGGGGAAAAUACAGUGGCUUUGUCCCGCAUUACGAAUGGAGCAAAAUUAGGAUAACUACGGAUCAACCGAUACAGAUGAAAGAAAUCGUAAUGUAUGGUGAGAUGUACAGAGUAAACAUGCAUGUAGAAAGCCAGGCACUUGGUUUGUAUCGGGGCCAUCUGCAUCUUUUUGAACAGAGCGAAGAAACUAAAAUGUGGCAUCUAAAAACGAGUCUCUAUCCCAACGUGCAGAAUGGAGUGUUGAUUGCUACAUUUUUAGCUACAAGUGUUUGCUCUCUUAUUGAUGAGAUUUCUUCUCUCACUGGUAACGUCCAUGAAACUAAAAACGCCAGACGUAUUGGUAGUGAUGCAGAGUUCCUUCCAUUGGAAAACGAGGUCAAUAGGAGACGUAGGAAUUUGCAUUACUCCAUAUCGAGAGUUUCUUUCGGGCGAGCUGACGGUUACAUUGGAGAAUUAAAGGCAUCCAAAUUAUAG